UUUGACUCACGUAGAUGUAAAAUGACAACACAGAAACACAUCGCAACCAAAUUGAUUAGUAGAAUCUCGUUCUUUCACACGAUUAAAAGGGAAAUAAAUCGUCUUAAGAAACCGUCUAUUUUGUCCUUAUUUUCUUCUUAAUUUGAUUCCUAAUCUCGUCAGCGGAUCUCGUUUCCUUUCCGGCAAUAAAUUCAUAUUAAAAUCGAUUAGAACCAUGGCCAAUUACGAUCAGCAAAAUUACAACAACUGGAACAGCAAUCAACAACAGUCGUACAAUUUCGAAAUGCCCGAACAGUUUGGAAGUGAGCUAAACUUCCAAACGUUUGAUGCCACUCAAAAUGUGGACCCAAACUCGGGUAUUUAUGCUAAUACCAGCUACAAUAACACAUACUACGAUCCAACUGCAUAUGCUGCACCAGAUCCCAUUUAUGAUGGAACAACCAGCGAUUUUGACAACGAGCCACCACUUUUGGAAGAACUCGGCAUCAACCCAAAUCACAUCUUACAAAAAACACUAUCUGUUUUGAAUCCAUUCCGAACGACAGAUCAAACGAUAUUGCAAGACACCGAUUUGGCUGGACCGCUUGUAUUUUGCCUGACAUUGGGCUCAUUUUUACUUCUUAGUGGUAAAGUUCACUUUUCCUACAUCUAUGGUAUUGGCGUAUUAGGAUGUUUGGCAUUCUUUGCCCUAUUGAGUGUGAUGGCAACACAAGCAUCCGUCACAGUAGGUGCUGUCGUCUCUGUUCUGGGGUAUUGUCUCUUGCCGAUGGUAUUACUUUCAGGAAUCAACGUGAUUUUAACUAUACAGGGCAUUUUUGGUAUGUUGCUGGCCGGUUUGUGUAUUUUAUGGUGUUCAAUAUCUGCUUCGAAACUAUUUGUAACCGCAUAUUCAAUGGAUCAUCAGCAAAUAUUGAUUGCUUACCCAUGUGCAUUGCUCUACGGUGUCUUUGCACUAAUAACUAUUUUCUAAACGUCAAAUUCAUCUGAAUGGAAUACAAAGAAUGUUGAAAAUUUGUUUAAUAAGACCAGGGUUUACACACAACCAUCGAUUAAUCGAUAAAAUUAAAAUUAAAAAAAAAACGAAGAAAUUUGUAUAACUUUUUCCACAUACUCGAAAAUAAACAUGUGUGUUUAACAUGACCAAAACUA